ACUUGAAAUUUUAUAUACAUCAUAAUAAUAAUAAGUGAUAAUAGUAAAUAGAUGAUCAUAAAUAAAUGAUUAACAAUUGAGCUCAUUUAGGAUUAAGGAGUAAUCCAAAUAAUCGAGGAGUGUUCAUUGAAUAUCCAUUCAAGAUUUAGUCUUGUGUUGUUUUAUUUGCAGAUUGAAUAACAAGGUGAGUCAGGUAACAGGUAGGAUAGGAAGGGAGAGGCAGAAAAAGUGAUACAAUUUGAGAGAGAGAGAGAGAGAAUCGGAAGCUCGAUUGAUGAUAAACAUUGGAAAUAAACAGAAGCAUCGAGAUAGAUACAAGUUGAUGAUGGUCAUACCUGAAGAUGAUGAGGAUGAUAAUGCCAAGCCUUUUGAACGAACCCAGAAAAGAAAACUUUUUCGCAACCGAAUUACGAUUGAGAUAAUUUUCUCAUUCUAACGAAACGAAAAGAACAGUUCUUUUCUAUUCGACGAACCGAAGAACAAAACAAAAAAAACAAAUUGACCUAAUUUCCUUUAGGUGGUUAACUGGUCAAGCUAAUCAUUGGUUUGAAUGGAGGAAUUACUCAUUCAUGGUGAUUCAGUUUACGAUAUUAUUGAGAAACAAGAUCACACCCAAAUUCAAAGUGAAUUAAUGAGAUCACCUAAUCCAUUGGCUAAUAGUUUGAUUACUCCUGAUAAUCGGCUUUUCUUAUGCCGUAUGAACAUCUCAAGAAAUGCUCGUCGUCAGAUGAGAUUUGGCGAUCAAAAGGUUGUCCUUGUCCAAGGUCAUUACGUUUCUUAUUUACCUUUAUGCUCAAGAAAUGAGCCCGUUUUCCUGGCCACUUGUACGCCGGUCGCUAUGCCAGAAACCCGUGAAUGUGUAGCUCAAGGUAGUACAACGGUUUUCACCUCGAUUCAUUCAAUGGACAUGAAAUUCAUUCAUUUGGACAGAAAUGGAGAGUAUUAUCUUGGCUAUGAUAAGAGUACAAUUAAUUCUGGACUAUCUUGGUACGAUUUAGUACAUUGGGAGCAUCUUCGAGAAGCCCAAUCAAAGCAUCGGCUAAUUACUCAAUCAGAACAAGAAAAAUCUUGUAUAUUAUUAUUACGAUUGGAAACAAUUAACCACCAAUGGAUUUGGGUUCAUAGUGUAUUACAAAUUAAAGAUUCAAAUGAUACAUCACAACAGCCGAUAAUUGUUUGCACUAAUCAAGUAUUAAGUGAAAAAGAGGCGACCGUUAUGAGAGCCAACAAUUGGCUGUAUCAAUUUUAUUCAUUACACUCUAAGAUGCAUUAUGGUUUAACCGGCUAUGAGAAUCAUCCAACUUCAGCUGCUCGGCUUACAUCACUUUACCAUCAACACUCAACGGCUCAUCAUCAUGUAACCGCUGCUGCUGCUGUUGCCGCUGCAGCGGCUGCAGCUGGAUCGACUGCUGUUGCCGCUGCUGCUGCGGUUGGUGCUGCAGCCACAGCAGCUUCAGCUAUGACUGCAAUGACAGCGGCUGCUGCUGCUGCAGCCAUUGCCCAUCAACAACAUGUAAACCACAAUUCAACUGUCCACCCUCACAUUGGUCACAAUGGUCAAUCCCAAACCAUUUCGCACUACAACAAUAGUAACAAUAAUCACCAUAAUCACAAUCAGAAUCAUCAUCAUCAUCAUUUAACACCUUCAUCCGAGUCUAAUACAACAUCCGCCGGUGGAUCAGUUUCCUCCAUUAUAACCUCAUCAGCGGCUAAUUCCGUUCUUCCACCUUCACUUGUGAUCGGUGUCUCAUCUUCAGGUACAACAACAUCAUCUUCAUCAAUUACACCUUUAGCACCGGUCGCUUAUCCAUCCUCAUCAAUGCAUCAUCCUCACUCAUCCUCCCUGGGUCCCAUUAAUGGUGCUACACCUCAUCAUCCAAUCCCUUCACACCCUCAUCAUCCUUAUCAUCCCUCUCACCCUUCACCCUCCUCAGUGUUACAAUACUCACCUCAAGCCGGAAGUUUACCUUAUCACACCUUUGUUCCCGUUUCAUCAGCAUCAAUCCCAGAAUCAGAAUCAUCAAAAACCUCAGCACCUUCAGCAACCAAAAGGUCACACAAUUCAUCAAGUUCAUCAACAUCAACCAAUUGUCAUCCCGUUGGUGCAUCAAUACCAAUUGUACCAUCGAGCACCGGAACAACUUCCGGUUCAAAUUCUAGCACCAAUAGUAAUGGUAACAACAGCAAUAAUAAUAGUGAUACAACGGCAGCAACAACAACGCCAAGAGACAAUUUAUCAGGUCAACAAAAUGGUGAUCGAAACCGUUCAACCGAUCCGGAUACGGAAGAUGAACCCGAAUCACCUGAACCAAAUGCUAAAAGGGUCAAUCAUGGUCAACAUCAUCUUCCACCUCCACCAACAUCAACUUAUCAUCAUCCUCGAGCAUCAACCUUUACCUAUCCACCUACCGGUAUGUUUGGAUCAACUGCAACUUCCGGUUAUCCGGGAAUGACACCAACGGCCACAGAAUUGGGAACAGUUGUACCCGUUUCAAGUUACUAUGGUUCACCGGUACAUCAUCAUCAUCAUCCCCACCAUCAUCCUCACCACCAUCUCCAUCAACAUCCUCAUGUUCACCAUCAAGUGUUAACUUCCGUUCCCUCAUAUCAUCAUCAUCAUCACCAUCAUACUCACCCCUUUCGCUCCUCACAUAAACAACUAUCUCCCACCCUGUUAGAUUAUGACAUGAUGGAUCCCAAUUCCACUCCGACAUCAGCUGAAUUCAUUGAUAACCACUCUCAGAAUCACAAUCAUCCCUCAACCACCCAAUUAACGCCAACCGAUGAGAUGACAAACUUAGUCUCCUUGGGUUCAGCGUCUUCGGUGUCCGUUGCUCAUGCAUUUCUAAAAUACUCACCACACCAUUAUCACCAUCACCCACCGGAAACAGUUCUCUCCUCAUCUUCGUCAACCUCCUCAGGCUAUUAUUCCCUCUCUUCCCCAUCCUCAUCCUCUUUUCCCGAUCUAGAUCGUUACCAAUCUCGUAAAUCUCCCCAAUCAACUACUUCCGAUUAUGGUUCGGGAACCUCAUCACCUCCAUCUUCAUCCUCAUCCUCAUCAUCUUCCGCUUUUGAAAAACUUUGACAAACCAAUUGAUCCAACACUAACUCAAUUGAUUGAAAUCCUAGUCAACAACAAUCAGCACCAAUAAUUAAUCACAAAUUGAGCCAAAUUAAUAUGUAACUCCCUCAACUCCCUUCUCAUCUUCCCCCACCAUUAUUAUUAUCCAAUUCAAAGGAAAAUUUCAAUUGCAACUGAUUAACAAUUAAAUACUCUCUCUCUCUCUCUCUCUCUCUCUCUCUCUCUCACCUGUAAAUUAAUUGAUUAGUUAAAUAAUCAAAUUCAUUUUCCAAUCAUAAUCAUUUGAAUAUCGGAAAGAUGCAAAAAAAAUUGAACAAAAAAAGUUAUAUCAAUGCUCAUUUUCAUUCAUUACAAUUGUAUUAUCAUCACCCUGCAAUUAACUAAAUUGUAAUCAUCCAAUUAUUAUAAUACUCAUAUUUUGUUUUUAAUUAAUAACAAAUAUCACAAUUGAGAUGAAGUAAAUAAAUUGUUUCAUUUGA